GGCCAUUACUUAUGGGUCGGCCUUGACAUUUACGCGCUGGCGCUUUAUAGCAAAUUUCACUUUAAUACAGAUGCUUGAUCGAAGAUUUUGGAAGAGUAGUCAUUGAUCCGGCUACUGAUAGAAGCUUCUCUCAACGAUUGAUCAGCGGAAAUGACGAUACUGUUCGCGCUGGUGGCUCGGGGAUCGGUGGUGCUGGCGGAGUUCAGCGCGACGUCGACGAACGCCGGGACGAUUUCUCGACAGAUACUGGAGAAGAUACCGGGGAACAACGACACACACGUCUCUUACUCUCAAGAUCGGUACAUCUUCCAUGUCAAGCGUACCGAUGGCCUCACCGUUCUCUGUAUGGCCGACGAUACAGCAGGAAGGAGAAUUCCUUUUGCAUUGCUUGAAGAUAUUCAUCAGAGAUUUGUGAGGACUUAUGGCCGUGCAGUCCAUACAGCCCAAGCUUAUGGAAUGAAUGAUGAAUUUUCAAGGGUGUUGAGCCAGCAAAUGGAAUACUACUCAAGUGAUCCGAAUGCAGAUAGGAUGAACAGACUAAAAGGUGAAAUGAGUCAGGUUCGAAACGUCAUGAUAGAGAAUAUCGACAAAGUUUUAGAGAGGGGUGAUCGCUUGGAGUUGUUGGUUGAUAAGACUGCUAAUAUGCAAGGAAACACUCUCCGCUUCAGAAAGCAAGCUCGCCGUUUCAGAAGCACUGUAUGGUGGAGAAAUGUCAAGCUGACGAUUGCACUGAUUAUCCUCCUCCUAGUGGUUGUUUAUGUUGUACUAGCCUUUGUAUGCCAUGGAGUGACAUUACCUACCUGUCUGAAAUGAGGGUGAGUCAUUGAAUGUCUUGUGAUUCUGAUUCAUUGUUUUCUUUUCUUUUGGGUGGAUGAGAUGUUCUGGUUUUGCUGAUUCAAAUUCCUUAUUUCUAUGCUUGUCCAAUGUAAACUCUUAAUUUUAUGUAUUUGUGGACUUGGCAUGAGUGUGUCUCUUGGAGACGAAGUAACAAAUGCUUUGGGUUGUUUGUCUCUUGGAGCUCUAUUUUUCAAUGGGUUAAUAUUGAUGGAGGACUGCAAUUUUGGGGGGUUUAAACUGUAAA